AUGGCCGGAACCAGGGAGCAUGUGAUAUCCGUGGAGGAGUUGCUGUCGAGAAAGGUUGAUCUGUUGUCAGAACCGAAGCUGGAAGCCUGCGAGCUGAAAAAGAGGUUUGAGAAACUGAGCCAAGCAGGCGAUCAUUCCAGUCUUAAUACACCAAAAAUACAAAAGGUUCCGCAGUUGCUGCAAGGUCGCAGACAGUUCAAGAAGUAUUUUAAGCCAAGGAUUACAGCACUCGGUCCUAUCCAUCAUGGUAAGAAAGAAUACCAGCCAGCAGAGGAGUACAAGCUUAGAAUGACAAACUGCUUUGUCAAGGAAAGUGGUAAAGAUGCUGAGUUUUUGUACAACGUAGUUGAGACGAAGAUCAAGCAACUAAGGCUGUGUUUCGACGAGAAGGUGACCGAGAAAUGUAACGAUCAGAAACUUGCCUGGAUGCUGUUUGUGGACGGGUGUGCAAUAUUACAGUUCAUUCAUUGUGCUGUUGACAAUAAAUGCAAAUGUUGGAAAAUGAAAUACGAUCUGAUGGCCUUUUGGAAACAGGAUUUGUUCUUGUUGGAGAAUCAACUUCCUUAUCAACUCCUUGUGGAUUUGAAGAAUUUCAGCGCAGAGAAAGGUGAAUUGGAGAAAUCCAUAAAAACCUUCAUGCCUAGGCAGACCGCGCUGCCAGAGGAGGAAUGGAGUCAAGGGACUACGGAAAGGGAUCCGAACCAUCUUCUCGAUCUCCUCCGGACGAUAAGCAUAGGCGCCAAACCCAAAAGUACUCCUGGAGAAAAGAGCUCAAGAAGAGGUAAGUCGCAGUCGUACUAUCGCAACGUGGAUGAGCUUAGAGCAGCAGGAAUCCAUGUGAUGCCGCCCAGGAAAAGAAAUGGUUCCUUGACAACCAUAACUUGUUAUGAAGGACUCAAUUUCUACCUCCGGCUUUCUCCAAUAAUAGUUCAUGACUCAACGGGGCCCAAGUUCUUGAAUUUGAUAGACUACGAGAUGUGUCCGGAUUUCGAAAAUGAGUUCGAGAUCACCUCUUACAUAUCAUUCCUGGAUUCACUCAUUGAUAACGCCAACGACGUAAGGGAGUUGAGGAAAGCGGGCAUACUCCAGAACCACCUCGGCAGCGACGAAGAAGUGGCUCUACUCUUCAAUGAGAUUGGCAGUGACUUGGUUCCUGACUCCAACGCAUAUCGGGAAGUCAAAGCUGCCAUUCAGAGUCUCUACGAUACUAAGUGGAAGACGUGGAUCGAUGAAUUUGUCCACGAACAUUUCAGAAGCCCCUGGACGGUUAUGGCUUUUUCGGCCGCCAUAAUAGUACUCGGCCUAACUUUCAUACAGACUUGGUUCUCAUUCAAAGAAGACAGAAGUGAUUCCCGACCCCCAGUUCGGCGCUAG